CCAGGGAUGCUGGUGGUGAAGGUGGGGGGCCCCGUGUACCGCAUCGGCGUCGGGGGGGGGGGCCGCCUCCUCCAUCCAGGUGCAGGGGGACAACGCGGAGGAGCGGACGCGGGGGCGGUGCAGCGGGGGGGACCCCGAGAUGGAGCAGAAGCUGAACCGGCUGCUGCGGGGGUGCGUCGAGAGCGGGGGGGGGAACCCCAUCGCCAGCAUCCACGACCAGGGCGCCGGCGGCAACGGGAACGUGCUGAAGGAGCUGAGCGAGCCGGCGGGGGCCGUCAUCUACGCCAGCCGCUUCCAGCGGGGUGACCCCACGCUGAGCGUGCUGGAGCUGUGGGGCGCCGAGUACCAGGAGUCCAACGCGCUGCUGGCGCGGCCGGCGGGGCUGGGGCUGCUGCGGCGCCUGGCGGCCCGCGAGCGCUGCCCCCUCAGCGUGGUGGGGACCAUCACCGGCGACGGCAGGAUCGUGCUGGUGGACGACCUGGAGGCGCCGGUGCCCGAGGGGGGGGUCCCACGAGGGGCUCCCCACCCCCGUCAACCUGGAGCUGGAGUGGGUGCUGGGCAAGAUGCCCCGCAAGGAGUUCGCGCUGCAGCGGGUGCCCCCCACCCUGCGCCCCCUGGAGCUGCCCCCGGGGCUGUCGGUGCGGCAGGCGCUGGAGCGGGUGCUGCGGCUCCCGGCCGUGGCCAGCAAACGCUACCUCACCAACAAGGUGGACCGCUCGGUGACGGGGCUGGUGGCCCAGCAGCAGUGCGUGGGCCCCCUGCACACGCCGCUGGCCGACGUGGCCGUGGUGGCCCUGUCCCACUUCGACACGGUGGGGGGCGGCCACCGCGCUGGGGGAGCAGCCCAUCAAGGGCCUCUUGGACCCGGCGGCCGGCGCCCGGCUGGCCCUGGCCGAGGCCCUCACCAACCUCGUCUUCGCCCGCGUCACCGACCUCCGGGUGAGUC